AUGGUUGCCUUCAAUGCUAUUGCCACCUUGUCCAUUGUUAUCGCAUCUGCUAUGGCCCACCCGGUCAGGGAACAAUUGGUUGCUCGUCACAGCCUUCGCCAAAGCAUCGCGGGUGGACAAGUCAGCUUUCAGAGUGCCCAGCAACAAUUCCAAUCGCUCUCCAGCCAGACAAGCUCGACUGUUUUGGCUCUUAACAACUGCCAGCGCUGUUUUGACAAUGGAUCAGCGGCCACUUUGACCACUUCUGCCAGCCAAGCAUACUCCGAGAUGAAUUCGCUCGUACAGACUGCCAAUGAAGUCUAUGGCCCACAAGCCCAGCAGCUUGUUUCACCCAUCUCCCAGUUGGAUGGGCCAUUGCAAACAAACCUCGAUCGGUUCUCUGGUGCUGGCGUGGGUGCUCAAUCCCUCUUGCCCCCCAAUUUUGCUCAAACCAUGGGACAAUCUGGAUUCCCUCGCCUCUCCGACUUCGCCAGUCAGUACCAGAACGGCCCCGGCGGAGGCUCUGGAUUUUAA